UGUUAAAAGCGCUAAGCUCGGCGUACGAAGCAUUGUGCCGUCGUAUAUCACGAGCGCAGUGCAUUUUUUAAGCGCUGAGCCUGACCCGGGUAACUCAGCUGGUUUAAACUCGUAGUUGUGUGAUGCAGUAGACAUGCUUGCUCUCCGCUGCGCUAGAUCGCUGCGGCAUGUACAAGCGGUGCGGCGGAGGAGCAGUACUACGGUGUCGCGCUCGCGGAGAGAACGCCGGGACUCCGUCGACGCGUCCGUGCUCGCCGAGCGCGCCGCCUGGGCAGAGAGGUUAGAGGCGUCGCCGCCGGAGACGGCGGAGGACGCGGCUCGGGAGCUAAAUGACGAGAAGCGGUUCAAGAAGGCCGGCCUCGGCGUGAGACGAGCGGGAAAACGCGGCGUCUUCCGGCGCGAGGGGAUCGAGGCGGCGCGCGUCGGGUCGCAGCGCUGCGGCGGCGCGCCGCCUCCCUUGAAGCACGCGCUGCCCGAAGUGCUUUUGGUGGGCGCCGCGAACGCGGGGAAAUCGACCCUGAUCAACGCGCUCGUCGGCGCGGCGCCCGCGUCGAAGGCCGCGCCGGCGAGCGCGAGCGACCGCGCGGGCUGGACUUCAGGCCUCGAGUGGAUCCGCGUCGGCGCGAAGCCUCCCCUGUUGUAUGUGGUGGACGCGCCGGGCUACGGGGCCCACGCCGUCGCGACGGCGCGCGAGCGAAGGGAGUGGACGACGCUUUGCGCGGAUUAUGCGAGGACGCGGGCCACGCUCGCGGCGGCCGUCGUCGUGGUCGACGCGACGCGCGGCGUGAGUACUGAAGAUAGACGCUGGCUCGAUGUGUUGUCAAGUGCGCCGACCGUCGUGGCGCUGUCGAAGUGCGAUUUACUCAAGGGGCCGGGGGCCGUCGCGCGGUGCGCGCGCCUCGUUGAAGAUGAUACGCAGUGCGACGUCGUGGCGACGUGCGGCACGACGGGCGCCGGCGUCGCGGAGCUUUGGGCGAAGCUGCGGGCGCUUUGCGCGGCGGUGAGCGUGAGGACGUCUGAUCCGCGCGCGGUGGCGGUGCACCGGUCCGCGGUAGAAGUGUGAUGUUGUUUUUUUGUGGGU